AAUCACGAGCCAGCGUUUAAAUAUUUCCUUUCAUGUGAAAUUUACAAUUCGUGAAUACGGACACUUAGUUUAAGAAUAUGGUUAGGCAAAACUUUUUGUGGAUUUUGAUAUUAAGUUUUGCAAAACUUAUACAUUGUCAGAAUAAUAUUGUGUUUGGGAACUUUAUGAAAGAGAUCAAUCAGGAUCAUAAUAAUCGUCAAUCUGUUGAGAGGUAUUCAAAAGAACUUAACAGUAUUCGAAAUGCUGUGAAGAGGACUACCGACACACAUGAAGCCGCAGGAUAUUCCACAACAACUGAUGACACCAUCAAGCAAGCUGCAUUCCUUUUGGGUGAAAGUCUGGCAGCACCCGAAUACAACGUUAGCGAAGAAUGUACCAAUAGCACCAACAUUUUUUUACAAGAAUUAACCGCAGGCCAGACGUGGGCAGUACGAAUGAUCGAUGCCGCCGGAAAGCCUCCUAGCGGUCUGUUCGACCUUCACACUACAUGGCUUGGGGAUUGGGAGGAAUGUCUAGCCAUCGAGCCGUUAGUGAACGACACUAGAAAUAUCAUCACAUACAAGCCGUUUGAUACACAGUAUUGCACGGCUGUAUUUCCGAUUGGAACGAAAGGCUCCGCCGCCUCAGUGCUGACUGGCGGAAAUGUUAUUAACCUGAGGGUUGGUGUGUGUGUCCCCCUGACAUGUUCGAACUGGUCUACUGCCAUCCUGAUCCAUAAUGCACUUCAAGCCAUUCCUUCGAAUAUAACCAGAGAUAUCGCUGGGCCUUAUGUGACAUGUCAGCAAAAUUCUCUUCCAUGGUCAUCGAACGCUAUAGUAGUGCUCGUCAUUUGCGGACUGUUUGCCCUCGUCAUGUUAGCUGCAACUGCGUUUGACGUCAUGAUCCAGCAAGUGCUUAAUGAACCACCAAAAGGAUACUCAACCGUGGCUUCAAGCAAUCACGAAAACUACAAUAAUCACAACUUAAGAAUGGACGGUAACACCGGAAAUGGAUAUGGGUCCAAUGGCAACGUACGUAAUGGUCACGUGGUAGACGAAGCUAUGGCCAUUUUAGAAGGCUCUGCUGGAAUUGUUUCACACUCAGGUAGAGAUAUGGACAAGGUAGAACACGGCGAACAAAGAAUGAGAAAAUAUCAGCCAGGUAAAGGUGGUCGCCUCCUUUUAUCAUUCUCUGUCUAUACGAAUGCGCAGAAGAUAUUGAGUACAAGCCAACCUGCCAAGACACUGACCAGCAUCAACGGCAUCAGAUUCAUUACCAUGCUGUGGGUUGUCUUAGGGCAUACGUACGGUGUUGGUACGGGCAUAAUAGAUAACGCUGCAACAUUUCUACCGGUAGUGUUCAAACGAUUCACCUAUCAAGUAAUUGUUAAUGCAACCUUUGCCGUGGAUACCUUCUUUGUAUUGAGCGGACUCCUGGUUGCUUAUCUUACGCUGAGAGAAAUGAAGAAACGUGGAGGUGCUAAGAAGUUCAACUGGGGAAUGUUCUACUUUCAUCGAUUCUGGAGGCUGACACCCCCAUACAUGUUGUUUCUGAUGUUCUACAUUCCUUUGAUCAAACACUGGGGGAAUGGUCCACUCUGGCCCCAGCAGGGGGUUGAGAUCAACGAUUGUAAAGAUACUUGGUGGACGAAUCUAUUGUAUAUCAACAACCUCGUUCGAACAGAUGAGAUGUGCAUGGGUUGGUCAUGGUACCUUUCGAACGAUAUGCAGUUCUACAUUAUAAGUCCGAUAAUGCUAAUACUACUGUACACUUCGCGAAAAUGGGGAACAAUUUGUUGCGGCACAUUUGUUCUUCUAAACUUCAUCAUUGUCUGUGUUCUAUCAAUUAUUCACCACUUACCGGCAAACAUUGCUCUUGGGGACGCCGAGGGAGACUAUUUCGAUCUGCUGUAUAUCAAGCCCUGGUGCAGGGUAGGGCCAUAUGCGGUUGGCAUCUUCACCGGAUACGUUCUUUACCGUACUGACUGCAAAGUUAAGAUUCCAAAGGUGUGGAAUCUGUUUGGAUGGGCCAUAGCCACAGCAGUUGCUCUUGCUAUACUAUAUGGACUGUGGACGACUGAAACGAAACCGAAACUCGGCGAGGACAUGUCCGCACUUUACAAUGCGACAUCCAGAACAGCCUGGGGUGCUUGUAUUGCAUGGGUUAUAUUCUCAUGCGCAACAGGACAUGGUGGUCCAGUGAACGCCCUCCUGUCCUGGAAGGCCAUUAUACCAUUGAGUCGGUUGACCUACUGCUGUUACCUCGUACAUCCGGUGGUUAUGUACACGUACUAUUACAGUCGACGGACUCUUAUGCAUUGGUAUGAUUUGGAUCUGAGUUACCUGUUCCUGGGAAACCUCUGUUUUUCAUAUGCGGUUGCUUUUGUUGUCUCCCUUGCCUUUGAGUCACCGAUGAUGGGGUUGGAAAAAGUAGUGCUUGGACGAGGAAAGAACAGCUAGAUCAGUCAUAGUCCUAAAUAACUUUAUAUUUUCUAUAGUGUCUGAAUAUGUAUACCAAUGCAUGUUCUUGUUUUGAUUUCUUCUUUUUUUACUAGAACCAUUUAAUGCCUAGCUACUGGAUAUAUUAAUUUGGCAUUGUCAUGAGGUCUUAGUUAUAAGGUGACGUUAUUGUUUUAAAUAUUGAUUGCUUUUUUUAAGAUAACAUAUACCAGUAACAUAUUAACCAGUUACAUGUUUCUAUCUACUGAAUCUGUUCAAAAGUUAUUAGAAAUUACAUUAAAAUGUGUAGCAUGGUUUUAUUCUGCAAUUGAAAUUGCAAUAUAUGGAACGUUUUCAGUUAUAUUUUCUCGUUUUCUUAAAGGUACUCGCCCACGUUUUGGAUCAUAAUUUAGUUUUCCUGUAAAUGCAUAUGAAAACACUUUUGUAUCAUUAUUUUAAGCUAUGAUAUCGAACUUGCGAAAACUACAAUUAUUAUAUUAUGAGAAUUUCGGUUAAAGUGGGGUGGAAACCCACGCCUGUCAAAUCAAGAAAACACACAAUGGAAAACCGACUUUAACAUAUUAAGUGGCGGAUAUUUUGACCUCUUACAAUACAUUGUUAACAUCAUAAUGCAAACAAAUCAUGCAACAACAAAGUCGUUAUUAAGUGACCAAUUGCGUUGUUAACGCUAAUGAAACUUGUGGCCUUUCAAGGCGGUAUAUGAGAAAAAAAUCGACAUUGGCUAAAGGGUUUCAGCUUUUGGUAUUUUAUAUUUAACACUCCUUAUGAUUUGCCACAGUUGGUUUCGUCCAACAAAAAAGUGAAUUUUACAAAAACAGUGGCGGGUAUCUUUAUAUUCAUGAGAUCGACAUAGAAUAAUGUAAAUGGAAACCGUUUUCAUUCCUGAACUGUUUAAUAUGUUGUUGCUUUCUUUUUCUCUAGACAUCAUCAUGUAAUUAUUUGCUAACAUUAUGUAAAUCAUCAAAUAAAGAAACAUAUGAAGUAAUCUGAGUACCCUUGAACUUAGCAACAAUUACAUUUAAGUGCUCAAUUCGCUUUAUACAAUUCGAAAUGAGGAGUAACUGUACCUAGUUUAUAAAAAUACAUAUGAUGGACGGAUAGAUCACCCCAGAUUUCACAUUUUUCUCCUACAUGGUAUCAAGAGAUGUAAACCGCAAUUCCUAUAAUUGGGUGUUCAAAUGCUGGCUUGGAAAAAAAACUUUCUUUCAAGCUUUUCAAUGAAAUAUGGAGUUUUAUCACUGAAAAAGAAACAAUGAUAAUAUAAAACUGAUACUUUCACUGCAAACUAAGCAAUAUCUAUAUAAACUUUAUGACUUUGAAGUUCAAAUUUUCCGGAAUUUUCACACAACAAUUUAUUUAUUUAUUUUACUCCACCCGCGUAAACAUUUGUCAACAACCUAGCAUGGUCUUCUAAUCACUCUUUAUCUGGACAAGGACUCUAGCUUCUUCAAGCGAAGCAAACUGAUCCCUAAUAUUGUGUGGUGAUUGAAAAGCCAUAUAUCAUGAAACGAAUGUAUUGUACAUCUGGCUAUAUUCAAAGUAUUGAAUUUCAUAAAGCUGACCACAAUUUCAUAUUUUUUAUAUAACUGACCAAUGAUUCCAUUAUUUCUAAAGUAAUGUGUGUCAAUUAAAACGGUACAUUUUAUGUUUGUAGCUGUGAAUAACUGGGAAAACCAGAAUGUAUAGCAUUCCGAGCGUCAGCGUUUGCAAACAGUUAUACAAAGUUAAUGUUUAGAUUUUUAUUGUACAAAAACAGAUAAUAGGUAGCAGGUUACAUUCACAAUGUCAUGGUUACUAUUUACACAAUCUAUCCGCUGUUAUCUAAUAUGAGUCCUCUUUAUACUGGAACAGUAGGUUCUAUUCAAGUUUUCUACGCCUGAAAAGAGUAAACAUGUGUCAAAUUACGGAUGUUUCACGUCAAAAAGGUUAUAUGAGUAAAAUAUGUUCAUAUUUCUAUCAUUUACAUAGGUAUAUCCACAGUUAUUUGUGUGAAAAUGGAUAUGUCCAAAACUGUUGUUAUUGUUUUGUGUUCUUGAGCUAAUUGAAGAAUUGUGUUGACCAUAGUUGACAGUAUCGUAGAAAUAAGAUAAACACACAUAUGAAGAAAGUAUCAAAGACCGUUAAAACUUUUUGUUUGAUAAACAUGGGCAAGAAAAGAAACAGAACUCCAUCAAUGACUGAUACUUCAGUGUUACCUUUAGAAAUGAUGAAUUUGCGGUAAAUUUUACUAAUUUUCAAGGAAUUAAGUGUUAACCACUUACAUUUCGCCAUAGAAAUGGGUCCCUCCUGCUAUGAACCAGCGCUUUGCUGAAAACAUAAUGUCAGUGAUAUGUUAACUAGAGUAACCGUGCGCGUGUGGAUUGCCCGUACAGCCGGGAAACCUUGUUGAUGUUAUCCCUGUCUACAGUGCUAUAAUACAUCCUACAUUUUGUAAUUUUAUGCAUAAAUAAACAAAGGAAAGGCUGUUGUAAAUACUUGUUUCAAUAUUGUACCUAUUUAAAACUAUAUGCUUUUAUUUCCAGGUCACCAACCCCUUGUUAUGUUUUGAUAUGUUACGUAUGUUUGUUAUUCAUUUAUUGCUAUUUAUUGUUAGCAUAUACCCGACUUUAAAUAAAAUUAUAUUAUCCUGUAUCUAUCCGGUAUCUUGAG